UUUUCACUCUUUCAUGUGAUGUGUGUGUAACAAACAAAGGCUCCUUCACUAAAACUACUACUACUUACUAAUUCUAGGCUCCUUCCCUCAAACUUUUGAAAUCCCUAUUUUUCAGAUCUCAGAUCCAUUUUCUUCACAAACUUGGGUCCUCACCACAUUUCCUACCUACCUAAUCCAAAAUCACUUAAUUCUUCAAGCUAAUCAUUUUUCACCAAAAGUAAAACCUUUUCUUGCAAUCAUUGUAUCAUGAAUUUUUGACAACUAAAAAGCUUUUUUUUCUCCUAAUUAUUAGACACACUGUACAACUUUAAAAGAGAAUAAAAAAAAAAGCAAUCACAAUUAUUGAUCAAAGAUUCUGUUUUAUAUAAACAUUCACUCAAUUCAUGUUAUCUUCUUAGCAAUUUCACUUUUCCAAUCACAAUUCUAAAAUUUAGUAUUAUGAAGAAAUUGUGGCUUUCUUUUUCUCACUUAUUUCCUACACUCAUUUUUCUUUUGCUUAUUCCAACUUCAAUUUCACAAUUAACACAAACUGAAACUAGAAUUCUUUUCCAAGUUCAGAAGCUUCUAGAAUAUCCACAAGUUCUUCAAGGAUGGAACAAUUGGACAAACUUCUGCUUCCUUCAGCCAUCUCCAUCACUCAAAAUUGUUUGUUCGAACGGUCACAUAACCGAAUUAACUGUCAUUGGAAACCGAACUUCUCCGUCUUCACAUAGCUCUAAACCUUUUCAAGCACUUUCCGGAACUUUCUCAACUGAUUCAUUUUUCACUGUUAUGACAAAGCUUUCAAAUUUGAAGGUUUUGUCAUUAGUUUCAUUAGGUUUAUGGGGUCCAUUACCUGAAAAAAUCAACCGGUUUUCAUCUCUCGAAGUAUUGAACAUUAGUUCCAAUUUCAUCACCGGUGAAAUUCCGACAUCAAUAUCUUCAAUGAAAAAUUUGAAGAGUAUUGUUUUGGCUGAUAAUCUUUUCAUUGGAAAUAUUCCAGAUCUCCAAAGUUUAACUUCUCUUGAAGAGGUUAAUUUUGAUGGUAACAAAUUAGGUCCUAUAUUUCCUUCACUAGGAAAAAAUCUUGUGAAAAUUAUCUUGAGAAAAAACUCUAUAAGAUCUCAAAUUCCUCCUCAGUUUAUAAUCCACUUUGAUAAGCUUCAAAUAUUUGAUAUUUCUUCAAAUAAUUUUGUUGGGAAAAUUCCAUUUUCUAUGUUUUCUUUACCAUCACUUCAUUACCUAGAUUUGUCUUCAAACAAAUUUAGUGGUAACCUUUCAAUGAAUUUACCUUGUAGUUCAUCAUUGACUUAUGUUGAUAUUUCACAUAAUUUUCUAGUAGGAAAAUUACCAACAUGCAUUAUGAAAUCAAAGGCUAAAGUAUUGUAUAAUUGGAAUUGUUUAUCAACAAAAAAGUUGAAUGAUCAACAACAUGGUUCUUCAUAUUGCAAAAAAGAUGCAGCUUUAGCAGUUAAGCCACUUAAAACAAAGGUGAAGAAGGAAUCAUCAAGUAUGAAAUUGGGUCUUGUGCUUGUUAUUGUUGGAGGUGUUGUUGGAAUUGCAUGUGUUUUUGCUUUGCUUAUUGUGUUCAUCUUGUGGAAAUCCAAACCAGAGAGAUUGAAUCAUAAUUUGGACAGAUCUUCUGUUCAUAAGUUUUCAGAAAAAUCAAAUAUUAAUGCAAGACACGUUCCUCAAACAAUGAGGCAAGCUACACAUGGACAACCACCAUACAAUAUUUUCACAGAAGAAGAAAUUGAAGAUGCAACAAAUAACUUUGACCAAUCAAAUUUAAUAGGAGAAGGAUCACAAGGACAGAUAUAUAAAGGUUGGUUGAGAGAUGGUUCAGUGGUCCUGAUUAAUUGUAUAAAAAUAAAGCAAAAGGGUUUACCUCACAGGAUUAUGCAACACUUAGAUGUAUUACAAAAUUUGAGGCAUAGGCAUAUGGUGAGUGUUCUAGGACAUUGUGUUAUUACUCAUCAGGAACCUCCUCAAGUUACAAGCACAGUCUUCAUUGUACUUGAAUACAUUUCAAAUGUGUCAUUGAGGGACCAACUCACAGAUGGGAAAAAGAAGGAAAUGUUGAAAUGGCCACAAAGAAUGGCAAUAAGCAUUGGGAUUGCAAGAGGUGUUCAGUUCUUACAUACAGGAGUUGCUCCUGGAAUAUUUGGCAACAAUUUAAAGAUUCAGAAUAUUUUGUUGGAUGAUAGUCUUAAUGCAAAAGUCAGUGGAUACAAAAUUCCAUUACCAUCCAAGAGCACAGUUAAUGAACAAAGUGCCAGCAAUCAAAUUGCCAGCACAAGUAAUGCAGAAAAAGAAGAUAUUUAUCAGCUUGGUGUUAUUCUACUUGAAAUCAUUACUGGUACACAAAUUGCAUCCUCUAGUGAUGUAGAGCAGCUCAAGGAUGAGCUGGAAAGAGGUUCAUCAGAAGCACCAUCAACAAUACUAAGAAGUGCAAUUGAUCCUUCAUUGAGAGGAAGUUAUGCAUAUGAAUCAAUGAGUACUGCAGUUCAAAUUACUCUCAAUUGUCUCUCUAAGGUAUCUAGUACACGUCCUUCAAUAGAGGAUGUUCUUUGGAAUUUACAAUAUUCAAUGCAAGUUCAAGAGAAUUGGACUAGUAGUGGUAACCUUAGCACAAAAUUCUAAAUCUCUUUGUCAAUAAAAAUGUUGAUUUCAUUUCACAAGUUCAUUGAUCAUAAUGAAUAAAAGGGUAAUGUAAAUAUGUAAUAUCUUCCAUUGUGCCACAAAAAACAUAUUUUGACCUACAUUUUUCAUAUUUGUUGUUGAUAAAUUAUUAUUA